GACGGAAAGCCUGUAAACGCAAGGAACGAUGUUUAAAGGGGGCACCACCAAGGUGGCGCCGCCCAAGACGGGAGCCCCGGACCGGGGACGGCUGCCGUCCUCGAUCUGCCAUACUACCGCCACCCUGAGCAACAGCAGCGCAGCGACGAUAAGGACGUCCAGGUCGUCCAGCACCAUCGCUUCUGAUCUACGACUCAGCCGGCUCAAGCGGGCGAGCAGCGACGACGCCCUGGCCAAACCCGCUCCAGGACCAGCAGCUCCAGCGUCUCGCUUAAAGAAGACCGUCACCACCGGGGCCAUUUCAGAGCUGGCUGAGAACAGACCACGCAGCCUGACGGGCAUCCAGCCAGCCAAAAAGUCAGGCAUACCUGCUCCUCGGGAAAUUACCCAGGCCAUCUCCAGAGACCGCACCCCACUCCGGGACCAGCUGAGGAUCCCAAGCGCCAAGAAGAUGAUCCCCAGUUCUAGCACCUCCAGCCUGUCCACUUUGGCGAAGCACACCCGCACUUCAGUCAAGUCGAAGAAUGAGGCUGACAGUGCAGAUAGGACCGUCCUGGAGUGUCAGGUCAAGGAACUGCUGGCUGAUGCCAAGGCCAAGGAAUUUGAGAUCAGCAAGUUACAAAUGGAACUGCAACAAUGGAGAGGGAAAAGCUCUCCACGGGAGGCUGGCACACCAGAUGGAACAUCGGAGGGGAAGCAAAACAAGUCAAAUUCUAUAGAUAAGAAAGUGCUUGUCCAGAAAGAGUGUUCUCAGAAAGAGUUGGACACAUUAAUGCAAGAGAACCAGUCUUUGAAGGAAAAACUAGCCUCGUUGGAGAAGUUUCAGAUCUCCACAGCUAAUGCCAAUUCAAAUUUUACUUCACCAAGCAGCCCCACCAGUCCCUUCAUAAAUAGGGUUGGAUCAGAGACUGGCAACACCGAAAAGAGAGAAAGUCCUCAGAUAAAAACCUCUGUAUCAUCUGGUAGCGACGUGACCAAAGCAUCUCCUUCGCCAGAGUUUGAGAAGAUCCCGUCACGCUCAGAUUCAGUCAACAGCACAAAAGACUUGGCCUCGAGCCUCACGGAGCAAGAUCAAUCUGUGGCAUGUCUAACCAAGCGUAUCCAGAAGAUGGAGGAGAACCACCACAGCACAGCAGAGGAGCUCCAGGCCACUCUGCAAGAGCUGGCCGACCAGCAGCAAGUCGUUCAGGAGCUCACGGCAGAGAACGAGCGCCUGUCCGAGGAGAAGAGUCUCCUGCAGACCUCUCUGCAGCAGCAGAGGGAGCGCGUGGAACUCUCUGCGCAAAAGAACGAAACCCUGCUGCAGAGACUGAGAGAGCAGGUCCAGAGUCAAGAAGUCGAGGCCUCCCGCGUCGCCAGGGUCACGGAGCUGGAACAGCGGCUGGCCGAGCAGGUGGAAAGCUCCCGCUUCGAGAGGGAGAAACUCGUUGACAUUCAGCAGCAGCUGACUGGGAGUCUAAGAGCUUUGGAGAAAGAGCAUCAAGAGACCCAAGCGACUGCAAGAAGCUUGAAGGAGGAGUUAGAGAUCCUUCAGCGGGAACUAGAAAAGGAAAAGGAGGCCGGAGCCGAGGCAGCCAGGCGGACGGAGGAGCAAAGCCGGGCUGUGGAGGCUCUGAGAGGGGAGAACGAGCGCUUGAGGGUUCAGGUGGAGGCAGAGAGGCAGAAGGUUGUGGAUCUGAAUGCAGUGCACAGCGCAGGUGACAGCACAGAGAUGCGAGCGUUGCUUAAAGCAGCUCACACGGAACGUGAUAAGCUGGAGGUCAGCUGUGCAGGGCUGAGACAGGAGCUGCUGCAGGCUCACAAAGAUGUCGAGCGCCUUCAGGGUCUGCACAGCAAGGCCGAGCUGGAGCGACAGCAGCACCGGGAGAGCCUGGAGAAGCAGGAGCGGGAUCAUAAAGCCAGCACACGCGCUCUGGAGGAGAAGAGCCGAGACGCCCAGAACCACAUCAAGGACCUCAAGGAGACCAUCUACGAGCUGGAGGACCAGGUGGAGCAGCGGCGGGCGGUCCAGCUGCACACCAACCAAACCAUCCUGGAUCUGGAGAAUCAAAUCAAGAGACUGGAGGAGCAGAAAACUGAGCAGGACAAGCAGUUGAAAGCUAUGAGCAAACAAUUAAAGGACGAGACGGAGGAAUGGCGGCGCUUCCAGGCCGACCUGCAGACGGCCGUGGUGGUGGCGAACGACAUUAAGGUGGAGGCUCAGCAGGAGAUGCGCAUGUUGCGCAGGCAGCUGCAGGAGGAACAGGAGCGGAGCGUCAGACUGGCCUCAGAACUCGAGCACAUCCAGGGGGCCAGGUUUCGGACGGACAACGGGAGUCCUCUCGAUUCGGACAGCAGUCCUCACUGGUGUGGAAUUCCCGUGCGUCAGAACGCACCCGGCAGCACGUUGACCAACGGGAGCGAAAGUGGAAGCAGCACCCCGUCCGACCCAGUACCCGCUGUCAGAUCCACCAUCAAGUCUUUUGACAGUGUUAAAAAUGGACCUGGCAGCCCAGUCCAGAUGCCUGCAUCUCCCAGAAGUCCUCUGAGUGGGAUUCCAGUCCGUACUCCUCCUCCUGCGGCUGCCGUCUCACCCAUACAGAGGCAUUCGGGUGUCAAGCCUUUGUCGAAGACCUUGGACAGAAGAAUCAACUUUGGUGAUUCCUCCCACUCAGCCGAUGAGCUGAAGCCGUCAUCUCUGAUGAGGAAGAGUCCAUCUCUUGAGUCGGUCAUCAAGACUCCAGGUGCGCUAAGCGGCAGAACAUCCCCAUUCCCCUACAGUCGGGCCAACAGUAAGCUCAGCGUGGAAAGAACAGACCCUCUGGCCGCUCUGGCGCGGGAGUACGGGGGAUCUAAGAGGAACGCUCUACUGAAGUGGUGCCAGAUGAAAACAGAAGGCUAUCCGAACGUCGACGUGACCAAUUUCAGCAGCAGUUGGAGCGACGGUCUGGCUUUCUGUGCUUUGUUACACACCUAUCUGCCUGCACACAUCCCCUACCAGGAGCUCAUCAGCCAGGACAAGGGCCGCAAUCUGACCCUGGCCUUUCAAGCAGCUGAAAGUAUUGGGAUUAAAGCCUCGCUGGACAUUAAUGAGCUGAUGCAGACAGACCGGCCGGACUGGCAGAGCGUCAUGCAGUACGUCUCUCAGAUCUACAAGUACUUUGAGACCUGACCUUUCUCUGAGGGGAGACGAGGAGAUAAAGUCGCAGGAGGACUCUCUGCCCGCUCGUACACACUUGACAUAACGCAGGCACAGCUUUUUAUCAUCGUCAUGAUACCAUACACACACACACACACACACACACACACAAUAAGACCCUGUAUUUAAAUACACACAUUUCUACCCUAUGUUUGCUGAGCUGGACUAUGUAGUACUGCAAGAAUCCUCAGAAGUGGGUUAAAUCAGGGGUGCCCAGACAUUCAUGGCUUGAGAUCUACACACUGACCUUAUUCUGAUGAUUUUUUGGUUUGUGUAGUCUGGACAGUAGCUCCUGAUGCCAAUUCUCAAGCAGCUCCAUCCAAAAAUGCUGUCAAAUACACCGAUCAGGCAUAACUUUAUGACCACUUCAUUGUUUCUACACUCACUGUCCAUUUGAUCAGCUCCACUUACCAUAUAGAAGCACUUCUACAAGUAGUUCUCCAAUUACUGACUGUAGUCCAUCCGUUUCUCUGCAUGCUUUGUUAGCCCCCUUGUGUUAGUGACACUGACAUGGUGGUGGUGUGUUAGUGUGUGUUGUGCUGGUAUGAGUGGAUCAGACACAGCAGCGCUGCUGGAGUUUUUAAACACCUCACCGUCACCGCUGGACUGAGAAUAGUCCACCAACCAAAAAUAUCCAGCCCACAGCGCCCCAUGUGCAGCGUCCUGUGACCACUGGUGAAGGUCUACAAGAUGACCAAGUCAAACAGCAUCAAUAGAUGAGCGAUCGUCUCUGACUUUACAUCUACAAGGUGGAUGAACUAGGUAGGAGUGUCUAAUAGAGUGGACAGUGAGUGGACACUCAUACCAGCACAACACACACUAACACACCACCACCAUGUCAGUGUCAGUGCAGUGCUGAGAAUGAUCCACGACCCAAAUAAUAUCUACUCUGAGUGGUCCUGGUAGAGUCCUGACCAUUGAAGAACAGAGUGGAAGCAUGCUAAAACAGUAUGUAGAGAAACAGAUGGACUACAGUCAGUAAUUGUAGUGGAGCUGAUAAAAGGAGGUGGUUUUAAUGUUAUGGCUGAUCAGUGUACAUACUGAUGAUGUAGAGGUCUCUAAAACUCAUGUAUCAAAUAUGAUACGCUUGGCAUUAUAGGGUUAAGUAUUCUAAUAUUUUUUUUAGAAACGUUAGGAAUGGUACGUCUAGACACUAACAUGCAGGUCACAGCUUUCACAUAAACAAAUCAGUGCCAAAUUCAACCACACUAAAACACGAUUGCUGAAUGUUACACAUCAAUAAUGUUUAUAUGAAAUAACGUCUCCUAUCAGGAAUGGGUUUUAUUUAUCAUAUCCAAUGAUUUGCACUUGGUAGAGAGUUGACACUUCUAUUUUGAAUAUUUCAGUAUUGCCUGGUGUGAUACGUUACGUUUAUGGACGAACUCUAAUAAUAAUAAAAUGUAUUAAUCGUAA